UUGGAGGGCGCUGGGUGGGUGGUUCUCUGUGCGUCCGUGCGGCCCGGCGUCGCCUCGGCGGGGUCUGGCAGGGCGGCGGCCGGCACCGCGGGUGACAUGUGGCGGCGCGGCGCGGCUCCCUGGGCCCUGGAGGUGGCGGUGUUGGUGACAUCGGCCUGUCUCGCCGGUGUGUGGGGUGAUGAAUUUAGUGUCUUACGGUCACCUCAGUCAGUGGUGUUUCGAGACGGAAGUUGGCCAAUCCCUGGAGAGCGGAUUCCAGAUGUAGCUGCAUUAUCUAUGGGCUUUUCCGUUGAAGAUGACCUUUCUUGGCCUGGACUUGCAGUCGGUGAUUUGUUUCACAGACCACGAGCUACUGUGCUGGUGACAGUGAAAGGAGUAGACAAGCUGACAUUGCCUGUGAAAGGAGUUUCUUAUCCUAUUGAGAAUGCUGUUCCGUUCAGUCUUGACAGUGUUGCAAAUGCUAUUCAUUCUCUGUUCUCUGAGGAAACUCCUGUAGUCUUGCAGCUGGCCCCCAGUGAGGAAAGAGUGUACAUGGUGGGCAAGGCAAACUCUGUAUUUGAAGAUCUUUCUGUCACACUGCGCCAACUGCGAAACCGCUUAUUCCAGGAUAACUCCAUUCUCAGCUCUCUUCCUCUAAACUCCCUCAGCAGGAACAAUGAGGUUGACUUGCUUUUUUUGUCCGAACUACAAGUCCUACAUGAUAUUGCAAGUCUGUUGUCUCGACACAAGCACUUGGCCAAAGAUCACUCACCAGACCUGUAUUCUCUGGAACUGGCUGGCUUGGAAGAGAUUGGAAAACGGUAUGGGGAAGACUCUCAGCAAUUCAAGGAUGCUUCUCAAAUUCUUGCAGAUGCUUUGCAAAAGUUUGCAGAUGAGAUGUAUAAUCUCUAUAGUGGGAAUGCAGUAGUAGAAGUGGUGGCUGUAAAGACAUUUAAUUCUCCCCUCAUGAGGAAGACUCGCUCCAUUCUCCAGUCUUCACAGAGUGAUACAGAAAAUCCAUUUAACCUUGCCUAUCCGUAUAACUACGACUAUGCUGUAAUCUUCAACAUUAUUCUGUGGAUGAUGAUAGGUCUUGCUUUAGCUGUAAUAGUAAUCUCCUAUAACCUCUGGAAUAUGGAUCCUGGGUAUGACAGCAUUAUUUAUAGGAUGACAAACCAGAAGAUAAGAAUGGAUUAAACUAUGCUGUAUUCCAGCACAGGGAAAUGAAGAAGAGUAAGGUCUCCUUUAAAUUAUGUGAAAACAAAUAUUCUGACAUAGUUAAAUAUGGAAUUUUUUCAAAAGUGUAUUUAUUUUUAGGUGUCCUUUUUUCUUCUUUUUCUUUCUUUCUUUUCCUCUCAAGGCUAUUUUAAAGGUCAUUUGUAGCACCUGAUUGGAUUUGCAAUUUGAAACCCGCCUGUCUGAAAGGAAAACAAAUUAAUUGUUAUUAAGGUGACAUCAUUCCAUUUCUUUUAAUCAUGUUAUGUGAGUUUCAGAGAUGGCCUGUACUGCCUGUGACUGUGUGCAAAACAGAUGAACUGAAAUUAUGGUAGCAAGACAUUGCUUGAAAGUUUUACACUGGAGGAUUAGAAAUUAUAGCUAAACUGUUGUGUUGUAUAUUAUGAAUCAGUUGUAAAUGUUUGAUGUAAAUAUUUAUAAUGGCUGUAUGUACCUUUUGGGAGGAUAGUUAUUGCUCUUUAGUAAAAUACUAAAUAUAGAAAUAUUUCUACAAGACUAGCAUUCUAGCUGCACAAAGGGCAUUUUGACAUCAUGGUGGUGACUCAAAUAUGAACUGUAGCCAGAAGGAUAAUUUGCUUAAAACUGUAAUGACUUGGAGAUAAAUAACACUAGUGUGGCUGGCCUGUAUGGUGGAGAGUCUAUAAAUAUUGAAGUAGCACCAGUCUGAUUAUAGCUUAAUGUCAUGUAUGGUUAAAAGUUCCUACUAUGAUGCUUCAUAUUCCUUCCACUUGUGUUGAUGUUAUUAAAAAAAAUCAACAAAUCUUUUUGAUGGUAAGAAUGGACCAACACUUGAUUAAAUAUACCUGGAUUAUAGUCUUGUUGCAAUAACUCAAUAAAACAAAGAAUAGUGGUUCUUGAAUGUAUUUAUUCUUCUGGUGUCAUAGGUGAAGGGCUAGCUCUGUGUAGAAUUAGCUCAACUGGAUAGAACAGGUGCAGGCAGCCUCCUGUUUCAGACUUGAGCCUGCUGUCAGAUACACUUUAGUUUUAAGUGUCUUUUCGAAACCAAAUGCUGGAAGGUCACCUUGUAGGGAUUAAUUUCCUUAAACUAAACUUCUAACAACUUUGUGGCUAUAAUUAAAAUAAGCAGUUAAUCUCUAGGUUGAAUCUUGUAUACAGUUUUCAGAAACUCUCAUUUGCUCCUAUAAAGUUCUUCUAAACUGCAGUAACAGGAGUGGAAGAUCCUGUUUCAUCUUGUCAUCCUCUAAAAUGCUUAACUUUCCCUAUUGUUAAGAGAGACUUGUUCUAGUAUCAGAAAAGAUCUGCUCAGCAAAUUAACUUGUCUUGCUUACUGCACUUGUCAGAUUUGGAGGGACUGAAAUUACAUACAUGUCUGUCUUGCAGACCUUGGACAACGCUUUGUGUUGAGUUGAGUAACAUGCUGCAGUCCUGCCCAAGUGUAGGGAAUCUGGUGUAGUAUUUUUGCAUUAAUUUAAAGUUAACCUUUAAAACCAGAUGAAGUUUAACUGCAUAAUUUAAAAACAGCAUCAAUAGAUAUAAAGGAAAAGUUCACUGCAAGAUUUUCUGGACAAUUUUAACUUGAUAAGAAUGUGUAGCAUAAUUACUGAACAUCCUGUAACAUACUUGCAUUGUCUUGGUAAGCAUCUGAAAGUUGUACAACUUUAUUAUGAAAAUAAUUGAAAUACUGUCCUACGAUCCUAUUUAAUGGGCAGUGAGCCCUAGUGUUUUAAGUAAACUAUAAUGUGGUCAUCUGUA